GUACUUAUGCAGUUCUUUCACGCGCUCCGGUCGGAAGUUAAUGUUUUGCCGCGUGAGUUUUUCUCCACUUUCCGCGCGUGCACAUCGACGUUCCUUUGGCCGUUAUAAAUCUAUCGCGCGCAAUCUUCAACCUCGUUUUUGUCCCGGGUUUUGCGGAUUUUUAACCAAAGUGUCCUGAUUCUUUACACCUCUGAUCAUGAAAUCAGCGUCCAGACGGAGAUCUUUAGGAGAACCUCCACACACUCCUGCUGCUGCUGCUGGAUCAAAGAUGCACCACUGCUCAGAUUGUUUGAAGAGUUUUACUAAGAUUGCUGUUCUAAAAAGACACCAACGUAUCCACACAGGAGAGAAACUGAAUCACUGUGAUCAGUGUGAGAAGAGUUUUACUCAUCAGAGUAGUCUCAAAAGACACCAGCAUAUCCACACAGGAGAGAAGCCAUAUCAGUGUGAACAGUGUGGGAAGAGUUUUACUCACCAGCGUCAUUUGCUUAGACACGAGCAUAUCCACACAGGAGAGAAGCCGUACCACUGUAAACAGUGUGGGAUAAGUUUUACUCAGCAGGGUCAUCUCAGAUUACAUCAGCGUAUCCACACAGGAGAGAAGCCGUAUCACUGUGAACAUUGUGGCAAGAGUUUUAAUCGUCAGAGUAGUGUCAAAAGACACCAGGAUAUCCAUACAGGAGAGAAGCCGUAUCACUGUAAACAGUGUGGGAAGAGUUUUACUCAGCAGGGUCAUCUCAGAUUACACCAGCGUAUCCACACAGGAGAGAAGCCUUAUCACUGUGAACAGUGUGGGAAGAGUUUCACUCAACAGAGUACUCUCGAAUCGCACCAGCGUAUCCACACAGGAGAGAAGCCGUAUCACUGUAAACAGUGUGGGAAGAGUUUUAGUGCUCAGAGUCCCCUCCUCAGCCACAAGCAGAGUCAUACAGGACAGAAGCUGUACCUCUGUGGAAAGUGUGGACGGAGCUAUGUCAUCAAAACUCAUUAAGGAGCCACAAGUGCUCUAACAUACAACCAUAAACUCCUGAUGUUAAUUUGUGAAACAAAUCAUCUUAAAUUUCUUAUUUGAAGGGAUGUAAAGGGAAAUUGUACUGUAAAUAUCGGAGGAACUUUAAAUUGUAAUGUUAAUUUUAAUUAGCUCUAACAAACUGGACACCUUUCCAGUAUGAGGCUACCUGAGCAACUCACCCAUAUUUGCUUUCUGAACAUUAUCUAAUGGAACGGCUUCCAAUCCAUUGUCCCCUGAGCCCAGUGUUACUGAUUUACUGCAAACUUGAGCUUGAUCACAGCAAGAUCAGG